UUUCCUGAUGCUUUUAUGCUAACGAGCUUGGUUACUUCUUUUCAGCUAACAAAAACAUACGGCCCUGUCUUCAGUCUUUAUCUUGGAGGAAUACCUGCAGUCUUUAUUCAUGGGUUUCCUUUAGCAAAAGAGGCCCUCGUGACAAAAGGCAUAGAAUUUGCUGGGAGAGCAUCAUUUCCUAUCAUGGAUUUCCUCACUAGGAAGAAAGGUUUACUGACAUUAAGAUAUGGUGAAGCAUGGAAGGAGCAAAGAAGGUUUUCAUUGUUGCUUCUCAGAAACUUUGGAGUGGGCAGAAAAUCAAUGGAAGAAAAGAUCCUGGAGGAGGCAACUUGUUUGAUUCAAGUGUUCACUAAAAACAUGAAUGUGCCUUUUGAUCCUUUUGGGUUUCUGGACGCUGCAGUUGCCAACAUAAUGUCUACCAUAUUAUUUGGAAAACACUUUGAAUAUGAUAACGGCUUCCUCAAAACUCUGCUGGAUAUGAUACAUCAAAAUUCCCGAAUAAUAGCAGGACCCUGGGCCUUGCUUUACAAUGAGGUGCCCUUUGUGAGAAGCCUUCCCCUGCCCCAUCAGAAAUUAUUAACACUUACAAAGAAAAUGGACACUAUCUUUCAACAAGAGAUCGAAGAGCACAAGGCAACUUUGACUGUAGGAGAACCUCGAGAUUUCACUGAUGCAUAUUUAGAAGAAAUGCAGAAGCCAGAGAGGAAAGGGUCAAGUUUUGAGGAAGAGCAGCUACUAAUCUUACUGUCUAACCUAUUUGUGGCUGGAACAGAGACGAUGGCGUCAACACUGCAGUGGACGUUGCUCUAUUUGAUGGCCUUUCCAGAGAUCCAAGAGAAAUGCUGGAAGGAAAUAGACAUGGUGGUAGGAAACAAGGCAAUUGUGAAGUAUGAAGACAGGAAAAAGUUGCCCUACACCAAUGCCGUCAUUCACGAAAUCCAACGUGUUUCAAAUGUUGCUCCUCUUGGAAUUCCUCAUGCCUCCAUUACAGAUGUGCAGUUUUUCCGAUAUAAAAUUCCCAAGGACACCAUGGUUUUUGUCAAUAUCCAGUCUGCCCAUCGUGAUGAAUCUCAGUGGAAGUUCCCACAUGAGUUCAACCCCUCCAACUUCCUGAAUGAAGAGGGAGAGUUUGUGAAGCCGGAAGCCUUUUUGGCAUUUUCAGCAGGACCGAGAGUCUGCUUAGGGGAAAACUUGGCUCGGAUGGAGCUCUUCCUCAUCUUCACCAGCAUUCUCAGAAAUUUCCAGCUAUUGUGGCCAGACAAAUCCCAAGCUCCGGAUUUCACACCACACUUUGGGGUUACACAAUCCCCAUCUUGCUUUAAGGUGUUGCUGAAAUGUCGCCAGCCAAGUGGGUAGAUCGAAGUGAGGAUCUGCAAGGCAACUGAUUCUCUCCAACAGCUGGAGGUCUUCUUUACUUCAAAUUCACCACAAGAUCAUUUUUAAAAUACAUAAAUAAAGCGCUAUCUCAUGCCACA